AUGGCGACGUCGCGGCAGCAGGAGACAUUUCGGCUAUGCACUGGUCUUCUUGGAGCAUUUGUGUUUUUCAUGAUGUUCUUGGUGGGCAUCGAGCAACACUAUGACAGCAAAGGCAUCUUGACACUUUCACGCGGAAUCCUCUUUGUUGCCUUUUGGCUGUGGUGUUGCAUGCUCGCAGUCGGAGUUACAGUUGCUAGAGAAUCUCUUGUCGAGGAGGAGGAGGAGGGAGUGGUACUGCUACAUGCCGGCAAACAUCCUUGUGAGGGGGGAUGUGGCGCGAAUCUCAAAGACUGCAAGUGCCCAACGUGA